AUGAGGGAUGCAAAGAUCGUCACCCUCUACAAAACCAAGGGAGAAAGAAGCGACUGCAACAACUAUAGAGGCAUCUCCCUCUUAAGUAUAGUCGGCAAAGUGUUUGCUAGAGUGACCUUGAUUAGAUUGCAGAAGCUGGUUGAUCGUGUAUACCCAGAGUCUCAGUGCGGCUUUCGCUCAAAGAGGUCUACGAUCGACAUGAUCUUCUCUCUUAGGCAGCUUCAAGAAAAAUGCAGAGAACAACAAAUGCCGCUAUACAUCUCCUUCAUUGACCUGACCAAAGCGUUCGACCUAGUCAGUAGAGAUGGACUCUUCAAGAUCCUCCCAAAAAUUGGAUGCCCUCCAAAACUACUGAGCCUAGUGACAUCAUUCCACGUCGAUAUGAAGGGGACAGUACAGUUCAACAGUAGUUCCUCGGAGCCAUUCAGCUUCAAUAGCGGUGUCAAACAAGGCUGUGUCCUUGCCCCCACGCUGUUUGGUAUCUUUUUGCCAUGCUCCUCAAACAUGCAUUUGGUGAAUCGACUGAAGGAAUCUACCUACGUACCAGGUCAGAUGACUCCAACAGGCCUAAAGAAAACAAACGUUCUAAGCCAAGAUAGUUCCACAGCCCCAGCUAUAGCAAUCGACGACUACCAACUGGACGUCGUCCACCAGUUUACGUACCUGGGAUCAACCAUUACUGACAACCUUUCCUUGGAUGUUGAGCUAGAUAAGAGGAUCGGAAAGGCUACAUCCACUCUCGCUCGACUUUCAAAAAGAGUUUUGACAAACCCCACACUGAAAACUUGUACCAAAAUGGCAGUAUACAACGCCUGCAUAAUCGGCACUUUGCUGUACGGUAGCGAGUCGUGGACAACGUAUUCCAAGCAGGAAAGAAGGCUCAACACCUUUCAUCUGCGAUGUCUGCGCCGCAUCCUGGGCAUUUCGUGGCAGGACAAGGUGCCUAACACCGAAGUCCUAUCUCGGACGAACCUUCCAAGCAUGUUCACUAUGCUUCGACAACGCAGGUUACGCUGGCUCGGGCAUGUGCGUCGAAUGGAUGACGGACGUUUUCCCAAGGACAUCUUGUAUGGAGAAUUGAGAUCUGGGAAACAAAGCAUUAGGCGCCCACAACUUCGAUUCAAGGAUGUCGUAAAAAGAGACAUGAAGGCCCUUGAUAUCGACGUGCGAUCUUGGGAAGACCUAGCAGCAGAUCGACCCAGAUGGAGGUCCACACUACUUAGACAGAUCAAGUCAGGGGAAGAAAAGCUUGUGCACGCAGCAGAAAACAAACGCGCACAACGAAAGCAGCGCCUAAACCCCGAAAGAUCUGAAACUAUUCACAGAUGUGACUUUUGCGGAAAAGAAUGUCUCUCCCGUAUAGGACUUUUCAGCCACAAACGUUGCUGUCAGAGAGAGACAAAAUAG